ACCCGUCCGACGCCAUGGUAACGAGGCUGCUCACGACGCUAACCUGUGAUGUUAGCGCGAUGCUAGCCCGUGAUGCUAACCCGGGCUAGCUGGCGCUAACAGGCAGAAGAAUCACAACUUUUAACUUCCGUCAACGAUGAGACGUGAGAAUGUGACUCGACGGUGAAUCGACCGACGUCGACGUGUUGGACACCUCACUGAUUGGCCCACAGACCGGAAGAUAUUUCCACGAUAAGAAACGUCGACCAGGCCCUGGGAGAUUCAGCACAUUAUGUUAUGAACCUUGUGCCAGUUGAAGAUUUUUUCCCUCUCAGGUAUGCUGAACAUCUGGGAGCUGGCCAUCCCUCUGCCGGCCGUGCUGAUCAUCACCGUGGUUUUCUACCUGGUCGCCAUGGCGAUCGGUCUGUGGAUCCGAGUCUGUGUCAAGGACCGUUGUGCUCCGGACUGUGGCGACUGCUGUCCCAACAUCUCCGUGUGUGAUCGGUGCUUCAGUCUGGCCGAGACGUGCGAUUGUCGCCUGCCAACCAUGCGUUCGUGUCGGGCCAGUUCGUGUCCCUCUCCUGCCUGUCUCAACUGGGACUGUGCCUGCACCUGUCAGCCGCCCGAGUGUGAGUCCUGCAACUGCCUCUGCUGCGAGAUAAGGAUCAAGUAGACGACGAGGGGGAGGUGAACUAACUAAGAGACAGAGAGAGAGACAGAGAGAGACAGGUGGAGACAGAGAGAGACGGGUGGAGAAAGAGAGAGAGACAGAGAGAGACGGCUGGAGACAGAGAGAGAGACGGAGAGAGACGGGUGGAGACAGA